GUGCCGAGCUUCCGUGCCCUGAGCCGGGCGGUCCCGAGCCGGGCGGCCUGCGACAUGCCGGGCGCCGGCCGCUGUCCCGAGUGCGGCUCCGCCGAGCUGGUGGAGGACUCGCACUACUCGCAGAGCCAACUGGUGUGCGCCGACUGCGGCUGCGUGCUCACCGAGGGCGUCCUCACCACCACCUACAGCGACGAGGGCCACCUGCGAGAAGUGACAUAUUCCCGAAGCACAGGGGAGAAUGAGCAGGUCAGCCGCAGCCAGCAGCGAGGUCUCCGGCGCGUGAGGGACCUGUGCCGAGUCCUGCAGUUGCCAGCAACAUUCGAGGAAACGGCCACGGCCUACUACCAGCAGGCGUGCCAGCACUCGGGCCUCCGGGCCGCCAGGCUGCCUAAGAAGGAGGUGCUGGUCGGCUGCUGCGUGCUGGUCACCUGCCGGCAGCACAACUGGCCCCUCACCAUGGGCACCGUGUGCGCCCUGCUCUACGCCGACCCAGACGUGUUCGCCAGCACCUACCUGCAGAUCGUGAAGCUGCUGGGGCUUGACGUGCCGGCCCUGAGCCUGGCUGACUUGGUGAAGACCUACUGCAGCAGCUUUAAGCUCUGUCAGGCCUCUGCCUCCGUGCCAGCUAAAUACGUGGAGGACAAAGAGAAGAUGCAGGCGCGGACUCUGCAGCUGGUGGAGCUGGCGAGCGAGACGUGGCUGGUGACCGGUCGCCACCCCUUGCCCAUUGUCACUGCCGCCACCUUCCUGGCCUGGCAGUCGCUGCAACCCACGGCCCGCUUGCCGUGUUCACUGGCCCGGUUCUGCAAGCUGGCCAACGUGGACCUGCCCUCCCCGGCCGCCUCCCGCCUGCAGGAGCUGCUGGGGGUGCUGCUGCGCAUGGCCGGGCAGCUGGCCUGGCUGCAGGUUCUGAAACUGGACAAACGGUCCGUGGUGAAGCACAUUGGGGACCUGCUGCAGCACCGCCACCUGCUGCUCCGGGCAGCCUUCCGGGAAGGGGCGGCAGACACAGACACAGAGGCCGAGGAGGAGCAGCAGGGGCAGGACCAGGGAGCGGAGGAGGCUGGUGGCUCCUAUAGUCUGUCCCAGAGGCGGCGGCCAGCCAGCCCCGCCCCGCUGCUCCCACCCUGCAUGCUGAAGCCCCCGAAGCGGGUCCGUCCAGCACCGCCUGCCUCCACAGUCACUGGAGAUGAGGACAUUUCUGACAGUGAAAUCGAGCAGUAUCUACGCAGCCCCCAGGAGGUGAGGGAGUUCCAGAGAGCCCAGGCUGCCAGUCAAGCUGCCCAGAGGGUCCCUGGCUCGCCCUGAAGCCCACCCACGGUGGGCCAGGGCACUGGAGGUCAGCUCAGCCCACAUGGACCACAGCGUGAUGACAAGCCUGCUGCGGGACGGAGCUUGGGCCGGCUCUUCUGGCUGGGAGGGGCUGGAGUGGCUCUGCCAUCUGCUGGACCCAGGCAGGAGCACCCUGUCCACCCCCACCCUGUGGGGCAUGUCAGGGUGUACCGCCCCCACUGGACUUGGCCAAGGGCUACUGGUGUCUUCAGAGACCCUGCUUUUGGUGGCCCAGUGAGCACUGCCAGCAGCAGGAGGCACUGAGGGAUCCCUGAGCCUCGUUCUUUUCCUGGCACUGUAUCAGAAGAGCUUCCGACU